AUGGCGUCACUGGAAAAGACGCUAUUUCAAUUGAAGUUCACAUCAAAGCAAUUAUCAAAGCAGUCAAAGAAGGCGGAGAAAGACGAAACGGUGGAGAAGAACAAGCUCAAGAAUGCACUUUCUAAAGGCAAUGAAGACACAGCGCGUAUAUACGCUUCAAAUGCCAUAAGGAAAAAGAAUGAAUCGCUUAAUUUGCUCCGUUUGUCUUCUAGAGUUGAUAGCGUUGCGUCGAGAGUGGAGACAGCAGUGACGAUGCGGACGGUGUCAAAUUCAAUGAAAUCGGUUGUUGGUGGAAUGGACAAGGCGAUGUCAACGAUGAACCUCGAUUUAAUGUCGUCAAUAAUGGAUAAAUUCGAAACGCAGUUCUCAGAUUUAGAUAGCCAUACGAAUUACAUGGAAUCUACUAUGCAUAAUGCCGCAGAAGCUCAAUCAACUCCUCCAGAUGCAGUUGAUGGAUUGGUCCAACAAGUCGCUGACGAAGCUGGACUCGAAAUCAGUCAGAAGAUUGGCGCUCAACAUGUAGAUGAUGUCCCAGAACUUCAGCAACAAGAAGCUCCACCUGAAAAGGAGAGAGAUGAGGAUGAACUGAUGAAGAGGCUCAAGGCAUUGAGACCGGCUGCUUAA